GAGUGAAAGAAAGACGUAGAAAUUUUCAAGUAAACAAUUUUCUCCGCAAAUUUUAUACUAAAAAUUAAAUAAAAUAUUAAAAAUGUAGCAUCAAACAACUACAAAAAUAAUUAAAUUUAUCAUUUCAUGCGGUCGCCAUAAAAUAAAUUAGUAUAAAGUGUUAUUUUAAAGAUAAAUGUAAAAGCGAAAAAAAUUUUGUGCAUAAAUUUUAAGCAUGUUGGAAAAAAUUGGAAGUGUCUAAUAAAGUUGAACAAGAAGGAAAGAGAAAGAAGAUUAUGAAUAAAUAGUGGAUGAGAAAGAAUAUAAGAUCAACAGAGAUAAAACUAUAAAUACCUGAAGGACGUUUUGUGUGUUUUUUGUUUUUACCUUACACACAACUAUUUCAUAUUUUGUGUUUUCAUUAUUUUAAGUUUUUAAAUGUUUUUGAACCUUUCCGGAGGGAAGACACAAUUACUACUUGUAUUGAGAAAAGUGCUGAAACACGGUAUUAUUUAAAACAAAACAGAAAAACGUAAAUAAAAUAAAUUUUACACAAAAAAAUAUUAAAUUUUUGUUUUAACAAAUUAUGUAAAUACUUGAAUGUAAAUAAGUUUGUAUAAAAAAAGUAUUUCUAUUGCAACCAAAAAAAAGUGAAAUUUUGUAUUUUGUGAGAAAAGUUUUAUAAAAAAAACUUAAACUGGAUAACAUAAUGGGAAGUUCGGAUGAUCGCGUAUACGCGGCGGAGCGUAUAAUCCAAAAACGCAUUAGAAAGGGCGUUGUGGAAUAUCGCGUCAAAUGGAAAGGCUGGAAUCAACGUUACAACACCUGGGAGCCCGAAGUCAACAUUUUAGAUCGCAGACUUAUUGAAAUCUACGAACAAGGUAAUAAAUCCUCUAAUACCCCCUCAAAACGUGGUCCGAAAAAGAAGGAAAAAGAACGUGAUCCUGAUCCCGAACCAGAAUCCGAUGAUGAAUACACCUUUACCGAAGAGGAUGCGCAACCCGGCCAGGCCUCAACCUCAGCGGCGGCAGGUAGCACAAUUUCAACAACAAAUACAACAGCCGCCACAACCUCCUCCGCCUCUCUAACAUCCGCCUCAGCGAAUAGUGCUCAUAAUCAUCACCAGCAUUAUCAUCAUGAUAAAGAGAAGGAAAAGGACAAGGAAAAGAAACAUCAUCAUCAUCACCACCAUCAUCAUCACAGCUCUAAAGCGGAACGUACUUCAAGUAGACGAUCCGAAUCGCCGCAUACACAUGGUGACAGUAAGAGGCAAAAGGACCACAACACAACAAAUUCAUCGAGUUUGGCCUUUAUACCCGAAGCAGAUACGAAUUCUUCUAGUUCCGAGGACCAACCCUUAAGUCGAAAGGAGGUUGGUACAAAGCGUAAAGCAGAGGUACUCAAGGAAUCGGGUAAAAUAGGUGUUACCAUAAAAACAUCACCAGAUGGUCCACCACCCUCAAAAAUACACUGUUCGGUGGAUACAGCAACACCCAUCUCCACGCCCCUAAAAGCUGAAACUGAGCCAUUGUCGCCAGAAACACCAGCUUCAAGGCCAGAGCAAGCUACUCCAUCGGAAAAACCUCAACAGUAUAAUGGCCAAGAUGAUGAUGACGAUGAGUCGUCGUCUCAAGCGGAAUCACAAAAUGAAACCGAAAAUAAUAACAUGCAUCACAAUAACAACAUCAUUAAUCACAAUAACAAUAAUAAUAAUAACAACAACAACAAUACAAACAACCAGCGCAAUCAACAUUUCGAUAAUAAUUUGGAAAAUUCACCGCCCAAACAAAAAUCACAACCCCUUACACCUCUAUCCCCGCAAGCUUUACCGCCGCGCUUCUGGUUGCCAGCGAAAUGUAACAUUUCGGAUAAAGUUGUUAUCACCGAUGUCACAGUUAACUUUGAAACUGUAACCAUACGAGAGUGUAAAACCGAAAGAGGUUUUUUUCGUGAACGCGAUAUGAAAAGCAGUGAUUCUGUAGCCUAAGUAUACAAUAAACUACACACAAACUGUAACAGAAACAAAAAACCAUGGCCAAAAGUUAAGGAUUAAAAUGGAUAUAAAUUCCUAAAAGGCACUUAAUGAGACUAAAUUGAAACUGAAUGUUAUGCAGGACUUUAAAGUUCAAAAUUUGCCAUUUUGUAUACAAAAUAUUUAUUUUUCUAAGCAAAUUUUGAAUAAUUUAAAGAGUUAAAAAAAAUGUUUAUCAUUUCUGAAGCUUUUAUUAACAAAUACCCAAAUACAAAAGUUAAAGAAAUUCAUAAGAAUGAAAAGUUUUGUUGCCUAUAAGUGUAAAUACAUACAAGCAGUAACUAGAACGUAAAUAUUUACAAAGUAUAUUAUACGAAUUAUAUAUUUAAACAAAAAAAAAAAAACUUAUACACAUAAGUAUAUUUUUGUAGAGCUUGAAAAAGUAAAAAAAAAAAUCUAAAACAUUCUUGAAAAUUAAAAAUUAUGAAACUCUUUAUAAUACGAUAUUAUUAUCUCUAUAUUCAUAUAGAACAUAAUUUUAAACAAAUUAUCCU